CUUCAGUCACAUUUGGAUCGUUGAAUAUAUCGAACAUUUUCAACUAAUUACCAUCAAGAGACAAAACCAAAGAUGGCUUCUGCCCUUUCAUGGAGUGCUAGUUUCGUUAAAUACUUACUUUUUGGAUUUAAUUUUGUCUUUGCUGUGACAGGAAUCAUCUUGUUAUCAGUUGGAUUGACAGUACAGGGAGCUUAUCAUGGGUACAAAGAUAUCUUAGACAGCGGAUUUUACUCUGUGCCUUCUUUGUUGAUUGCCAUCGGGUCCAUUAUCUUCUUUAUUGCGUUCUUUGGAUGCUGUGGCGCCAUCAAGGAAAACUAUUGUAUGACGUUGACGUUCUCGAUUUUGUUGAUUUUGGUGUUCAUUUUGGAGCUCUCAGCUGGCAUUAGUGGAUAUGUACUCAGAAAUCAAACCUCGAAAUUGGUUAGCGAUGGUCUCAAAUCUACGAUGAAGGAGUAUGAAAAUUCAACAGAAAUUGCAAAAAUUUGGGAUGAAAUUCAAAUGGAUUAUCAAUGUUGCGGCGUAAAUUCUCCCAAAGAUUGGAUCGAAGUAUUGCACAACGACACCAAUGACGGGCUCCCCAUUUCGUGCUGCAAACCCGAAACAGGAAUAAUUGGAAAUAGAGAAUGCAACCUCAAAAUGACGGAUAAAGUUUAUCAAAAUGGAUGCGUCGUUGAAUUCGGAAACUUUGUGCAAGCGCAUGCCGUGAGUCUCGGAGCAGCUGGAAUUGUCUUGGCAUUCAUUCAAUUCAUUGGAAUUUUCUUUGCAUGUUUCAUCGCGAAGCAAAUUCGAGACAGACAAUGGUUGGCGGCUUAAAAAAAAAUACGAACGAAAUUGGUCACGAAAUAUUUUUUUUUAAAAGAAAAAGCAACGAAAAAUGACUGAAGAUUGCUCGAGUUACGUUAGGAGAAAAAUAAUAAAAUAUAUAAAAAUAAUUAAUUAAAUGAAUAAAGAUAUUCUGCACCGUGAAAAGUAACGAAAA